AUGACGAAGCUUUUCGAACCCCUCCAAGUUGGCCGAAUGGAACUCUCCAAUCGUGUCACCCUAGCGCCUCUAACCCGCUUCCGUGCCGACGACAGCCACGUCCCCCUUCCGUUCGUCAAAGAAUACUACGCCCAACGAGCCUCAGUCCCAGGCACCCUGCUCAUUAGCGAAGGAACAUUAAUCACAGCCCGCGGAGGCAGCUACCCCAAUGUUCCCGGCAUCUGGAAUGAAGCUCAAAUCGCCGGAUGGAAGGAAAUCACCGACGCCGUACACGCAAAGGGCUCCUAUAUCUACGUCCAAUUAUGGGCCCUAGGACGCGUCGCAGCACGAGAUGCCGCAGCCGAAGGCGACUGGGUCCCGGUCUCCAGCAGCGAGGUUCCCGCUGCAGCUGACAGCCCGGUGCCACACGCACUUACGGAAUCCGAGAUCCAAGAAUGGAUCCAGGAUUACGCGCAGGCAGCGAAGAAUGCCAUUGCGGCCGGGUUUGACGGUGUGGAGAUCCACGGUGCGAAUGGAUACCUGAUUGAUCAGUUUAAUCAGGAUACUUGCAACAAGCGCACGGAUAAGUGGGGUGGUAGCGUCGAGAAUCGCGCUCGUUUCGCCAUUGAGACUACCAAGGCUGUUGUUGAGGCUGUUGGUGCUGACCGGACUGCCAUUCGCUUUAGCCCUUUCAGUCCUUUCCAGGCUAUGAAGAUGGAUGACCCGCUGCCGCAAUUUACGUAUCUGGCACAGCAGAUGAAGCAGUUCAAGCUUGCUUAUGUUCAUGUUGUUGAGCCUCGUAUUUCUGGCAAUACGGAAGUUGAGGCCAGUGAGGCGAGCGAGAGUUUGGACUUCUUUUUCAAGGCUUAUGAGAAAGCUGGUCCCAUUAUGGUGGCGGGUGGUUACAAGCCUGAUUCGGCGCGGGAGGCUGUUGAUCGCUUAUACAAGGACUAUGAUGUUUUGAUCGCAUUCGGUCGUCCUUACAUCGCCAAUCCUGAUUUGCCCUUCCGGGUGAAGAGUAACAUUCCACUUACGCCUUAUGAUCGGGAUAUGUUCUACCGCCCCAAGGACCCGGUCGGUUACAUCGACUAUGAGUUCAGUGCCGAGUUCAAGGCUACUCAAGUUGCGGCUUGA